GUGUGUACCGUUAUUGUAGGCGACAACUCUGUUGUACCCGAUAUAUAUAUUUUGAACGCCACCUUUCAUACUUUUUAUAAUUUACAGACAACUAACCGAGAAAACCAAUCUGUUCGAACCUCAACCGUUAUUUGAGAGACAGCCAGCAAUGACCAAAGUUUUUGCUUGUCAGGUGAUCUCGCCAGGCCGUCUGUCGCCUUUGUUCCGCUUCCUCCAUCCACAUCUGUGUCUUCCCCUCCCCUCCAUCUUCAUCCAAUUACAUCAGUCAUUCAAUUCGUCAAGUAUCCCAAAAAUUAUCGUGCAACCAAUCUCUAAGCGCUCCGAGUCGUUGAUCCUACAGGAAUACACCUCAAUAUUCAUCUCCGACAUGAAUCCUUCUGAACAGCCACAGCCUCCUCAGGCUCAGAAGGCAUCUGUGACCAGACAACGGAUUCUACUUCCACAUGAACCGAAUUAGCUUCGCACUAGGAACCUCUGCAUAGGUCCUAUGGCUCGCUCGUUUGCUCAAGUCCCGAGUGGAAGCACCUAUUGGCCCGUCAAACCCACCGGCAUCUAGUGCUUAUUGCCUGUGCAUCAUGCUCCACUUCACCAUCAGCCGAGUAUCCUUGAUCGUUCU